AUGGUUGUGGGGAAAUUGUCAAAUUGGAUAAACAGUGGAGUAUUAGUCUAUGAAGACAGAAGUGUAUUUGUUGAUACUUUCACAAAGGGGAAAUCAGAUUCAGAUAAUGUUCCUGCACAUGAAGCUCACAACAGUCCAUCCAUACAAUGCAUCAAAGCGCAGUACUUAAGGAUGAUAUCUAAAGAUUUGGGAAGAAAGGCUGAUUUGUGGCCAGGCAUGAAGAAAGACAUUGGUCUUAAUUUUGUAACAAAGUUAUGGAUGUAUAGGAUGGGAGAGGUGGAAGCUCAAAGUCUGGAGGAAUCAAUGAUAGCUAAAGAAGAAGAUGGUAAAGCUCUUUUUGGUUUGAAAGGUUUGCUUGAAGUGCAGAAGAAAGAACUCGAUACUGUCUUAUUAGCUCUCGGUACGAAUGAUGUUGAUGUCUUGGCUUUUGAUGCUUUAACUGGUGGGAUGAAGUGGAAAUCUAGUGUAUGCCAUCCAGGUGGCGUUGUUGGUCUUGCUUUUGCAAAUAAAGGCCGUAAUCUGUAUAUUAUUGGAAACAAUGGAAUGGCAUCUAAGGUGAACUCAAAAACUGGAGAGCUGAUACUGGAAUUCAAAGUAUCUAAAAAACCCACGUCUUCUUUAGCCUUUUCUAGUGAUGAGAAAAUAUUAGCUGUUGCUAGCAGUAGGACGAGGGUUCUGAGCCUGGAGAAUGGCAAAGAACUUCUAAAGUUCCCUGAUGACUUGGAUCCUGUGCAGCAUAUUUCUAUAUCUAAUAACACAAACACCAUAAUUACAUCAGGUUUUGGUGAGAAAAAACUUAAUGUCUGGAGGUGCAAUUUAAGUUCCAAAAGUGUAACCAGUGGUCCUGUUCUUUCCAUGCGACACUAUCCAUUAUCACUUGAAUGUGAGGACAUUGGUGAAAAGGCAGAAGAUGGUACCGUUAUCUUAGCAGUUUCAGAGUCUGGUGUGGCAUAUGUGUGGAAUUUAAAGAGCAUCUCACCAGAUGAGAUUAGUCCAACAAAAAUCACAGUAAAAGGCAGCGAACAGUUGACAGAAAAAGAUCAGCAGGAGGGUGAAAAUUCUAAGAAGAGUCGCAGUUCAAUAUUGGCUGCCAGAUUACAUGAUUUAAAGGAUGACAAACAGUUGAAGGUCAUAAUUGCAUAUGGUUUGUUAGAUUCUCCACAAUUUAGCAUAGUGAAUAUCAGUAACUCUGGGGAGAACAUUGUUGUGAAGGCUGUAGAUGAGACUGAAAUUUUUAGAGAAAAUGGGAUUCUGCCUAGGAAAGGCCACCAUGAUUUGGAACCUGAAGCUGCACUUACAUCAACUCAAAAUAAAAAAACAAAGAAGAAAAGAUCCGCAUCAGAUAUGGAUUCAUUAGCUGCAGGAGAGUUAGAUACUGAUAAUGGUGAGGCCAUGGAUGGAGUACUUGUUGAAGAUGAUAUGAAUGAGCCAACCAUGGGCGAGAAACUUGCAAGUUUGAAUUUACAUGAUAAUGAUGAAAACAAGACCCAUGAGAAACAAGAAUUACCUCUUGCAAAGCCACCGAGUGCCGACUCAGUAAAUGUUCUUCUUAAGCAAGCAUUGCGUGCUGAAGAUCGAGCUCUUCUACUAGAUUGCUUGUAUACCCAAGAUGAGAAGGUUAUUGCAAAUUCAAUCUCACAGCUUAAUCCAUCUGAUGUUCUCAAGCUCUUGCACUCUCUUCUAACCAUACUUGACUCCAGGGGAGCAAUUUUGGCAUGUGCUCUUCCGUGGCUAAAGAGUUUACUGCUUCAACAUGCAAGUGGAAUAAUGUCCCAGGAUUCUUCUUUGCUUGCCCUAAACUCUUUAUAUCAGAUCAUUGAAUCCAGAAUCUCGACUUUCCAUUCCGCCCUUCAACUAUCAAGUCGCUUAGACUCUAUAUAUGCUAUGGUUGAUGAUGAGUCAGAAGAAAAUGAGACUGUAAUUCCAGUAAUUUAUGAGGACAAUGAUGAAAGUGAUGCAGAAGAAUCUGAAGAGGCCAUGGAAACGGAUCAAGAAAACGAAGAAGAAGAAGAGACUUUUGGUGGACUUAGUGAUCUUGAAAAGAGCGAUGACAUGAAUGAGUGAUGUUAUCCAAGUGUGUUUUCAUUUAUGUUCCUGAGAAAUAUGGGCAUAAAAAAUGCACAAGAAUCGACAAUGUCCAGCAAACAAGGACUGCGAUUUUCAUAAACCGCAGAUGAGCCGUCCUUUCUCAAGUCAGAGAGGAUUGUGAGGAACCCAGACAUGCUUUGGUCCAGCUACUUGUCAUGUGCUCUAAAAUCGUGAUUUUGAUCGGCUCACCAGUUUUGUGGAUUUGACAUUCCUUAAUAGAACUUACACACUCGAUUUUGGGAAUUGUAAUUUACAACUCAAUGAAACCAUCCAAAUAGUUGUACCUUCAACCCCUUCUUCGUUCAUGUACAUAAUCUUUACUAUUGAUUUGCAGAGCAAAGCUUUAAUGAUUGUUUGAAAUGAAAAACUUGCAUUGAUGUUCU